AUGGGGGACUCAACAACAGUGUCUAAGAGCACUGCCAGCAUCGCUCUUCCCAGACGCCUAGCUCGAUCUGAGAUCACUGAGAUUCCGGUGUCCACGCUUCAGGCUGUGGCACCUGAACUUGUUCACACCCAUAUUGAUUACAUUCGCGAGGGACUGGAGUGCCUCGGGCCCGACAUGCUUCGUGUUCUUGCAGGCAUCAAAGCCAAACCUGUUUCCAAUGUCCUCCCUAAGGAACUUCCGAUAAUCGUCAACGAUAUUUCAUCUGACAUGCCCACCCACAUGUUCGCAGUCUUCUCGUCCCACCAGCCGGCCCCUGUUCGCCGUCGUGUCACGCUGUUCCCCGCACAUAAUCUCGUUUUUGCUACCCACUGCGCGAACCUUCCUAUUUUACCCACUUCCACACCAGCACUCGUGGAGUGUGCUGGCCAGGAGAUCAAAGUGCCAGUUGUCCCCCUGUGCAUCCCUGCACCUGAGGUCUUCCCUCAACUCUCUACAUUCCUAUACACGAAGCGUAUCGACCACCUUCUUGUAUCGCUUAUGCCACUUCCCACCCCGCCCCAGCUCUAUCGCGAUGAUCCUACCACUGUCAUGCCUCUCCUCACCCAGUUCGCUCAGAAAAUCGCCAAUACAUGUACAGUGAACACUCUGCUGCAGCACAUUGCCAAGGUGCAUGGCACGUGGCGCAAUGCAAUGGCACUGGGCAUCGCCGACGAGCGACUCUGGUGUGCUCUCGAUACAGCAUGGGAAGUGCUUCUCACGUCCCUCGCUAUUUCCACGGGAAAGCCUCACCUCAUGACGGAGAGUGCAUAA